AUGGCUUCAACACACGACCUCAGUGCAUGGGACAAGGAUGGCAGAGUCUUUCUCUUUACAUCUCUGACGGCCGGAUCCUCACACAUCGUUACAGCAACCUCACGUAUCGAGACAAUCCUCAAUGCCAACAGAAUCCCCUUCAUGGCCAUUGACACGGCGACAAACGAGCAAAAGCUUCCUGCUCUGGUCAAGGAGGGCUAUGUGAUAGCUGGCCUCGAUGAAGUUGAAGAAUGGAACGAGUUUGGCGAGAUCACAGAGAACAUCGGCGAUAUACCACCUGCCACUUCCGCCCCUGCGCCAGGUGGUGAAGCAGUAACCACGAGAGCCACCAUGCACCCCACCACCCAACCUCCCGCCCAACUUCCCAUCAAGCCUACCGCUACCGCUGCAACAACCGCAACAAAAUCAACCGACGAGAAGCAUGAAUCUCUGCAGUCGCCAAUGGCGACCUUGUCCAUGAAAGAAGCUGCUACAGAAGCCGCCAGUAUAGGUGCUGCACGCAAAGGUCCUACACCAGGCAUCAACGAUACCAAGGUCGCUCCACUCAAGUCGAGUCUGGCCGAAGCAGACGCUGCUACCAAGCCCGAGACCAUGAAUUCAUCCUCCGACACCAAGGCCGAGAGCAUCCGCUCCGCUGAAGACACUGCCGCUCAGACCUCCAAUGCAACAGCGCCUUCGGACGCAGAAGAGUCAUCCGAAGCACCAUCAUCUGCACCUUUGACAGCCGUCGAGUCAAGCGAUAACUCCGCCACAGCCACUCCUGCAGGUUCUAUCCAAAAGAAGCACAGAGGAAGCAGUGUCAGCAUUGCAGAUCCAGAAGAAAUCAAAGAGCUGGAAAAAUCCAUCGCUAUUCCUGAGGCAGAAGAGGAGGAUGAAGAGCAGCCAAAGACACAAGAUCAAGAGGCCGCUGUUGCUGAACAGGCGCCGGUUAGUGUUCAAGAUUGA